AUGUCGGACUCGGAGGAUCUCUUCAAUUUUGUACCCAUGAAUCAACCAGUCCAACAAACCACUGGACAGAAGACGCUGGGUCUCGCUCGCAAGAGAUCAAAAACAGAUCAGACAUUCUAUCAAUUUAUAAAGAAGCCUGUUUCUCGUGGAACGAAAAUAAUAAAAAUAGAAAUCUAUGAUACAGACAGUUUUCAAAAAUCCGAACAGCCGAUGUGUAAUUGUGAGGCUGAUGCGUAUGAGAGGCGGUUCCCAAGCUGUCCUCAAAUCCCAGUGGUGGUGGAGUGUGUGAUCACGGACGACAGCUGGUCAGCAGACGACUCUCAGCGACAGACAACCAGGCGGUGUCAGUUAAAUGUCGAAGCGCCUUAUCUUCUAAAGAAGAUGAUCGGCGUAGACUACAUCUACUUUAUCCAGAAGAACAACCUGGACCUCAAGAAAAGGGUUUUGGAAAUCGAAGCUACGAAUGAGACCUUUUCUUCUAGAGUCGGAGUCGUUGAAAAAUGCAAAUAUUAUGUCCACCCCGAUAACCCCGAGUGGACAUGCUUCGAGCAGAGUGCCCUCCUCGACGUGAAGAACUUCUUCGGACUCGAGAGCACCGUUGAGAAGAUUGCCAUGAAGCAAUACGCUGCCAAUAUUGCUAAGGGCAAGGAGCUCAUUGACGUGUUCAUGAAGGAGGUCUACGAUGAUGGAACGAUGAACUUGAACCCCUGGAAGCAGGGUGCAGGAACCGAAAACCGUGAGCUUCGGCGAAUACUCUCACGAGGAACCGAACCGCUGUCUCCUAUGCUCACCUCCGAGAGUAGGACGCACUCCGAACCAGGCCCAGCAGGGACCUCCAAGACUCUUCCCAGAAACUUGCGUGAUUCUCCAAAAUCGUCACCUACACCAUCGGAAUCUGACGAUAGUGAAAAACACUCAAGUCAGAAGAAAGGUUACUUUCAACGCGGGAGACAAAAAAUUAAAAAAACCAUGUCUCCAAGAAGUUUCAAGCGGUUCCGUCGUAGUAAGCUCGAGUCAGAAAAGAGAUCAGAGAAAGAAGAUGCUAAAUUAAGAAUUUCUGACGAAGACCUGCAACAAUUCGCUGCCUUUAUGCCCAGCACAUCACUGGAUUACCCAGGGCAGGGCUUGCCAUGGUCACAGCCGCCGUGCACGUGCGCCCCGACGUCGACGGGCGCGCUCACCCGGUGGGACAACUUGCUCGUGGUGUUGGAACGGGAGAAAGCCAAUCCUUUGCCAAUAUCCACAAUUUUAUUGUGA